AUGUCUAAUUCAUCUCCUUCCCCACACCCUGCGGUCACUGUUACCUCCAUCAAGAACCUCAUACCAAUCACACUUGACAUCGAAACAGGCCACUAUACCACGUGGUCCGAGAUGUUUAAAAUACAGUGCAAGGCUCACCUUGUUUAUGAUCACCUGCAACCCAAGGUGGCACCUGAAACAUCAUCUUCGACCACCACAGCCAAAGAAACGGAGAAAGAUAAAUCAACACCAAGAGAAACUUGGGAACGGCUGGAUUCCAUUGUUCUUCAGUGGAUUUACAGCACUAUCUCCACCGACCUUCUACAUACUGUUCUCAAACCCGACACCACUGCAUACGAAGCAUGGACCACCAUAGCCAAUAUCUUUCAAGACAAUAAAGCUACCCGCACGAUCGACCUGAACAACAAGUUUGCUCCUACGCACCUUGAUCUAUUCCUGAACAUGUCUGCUUACUGUCAAGCCCUCAAGGUCAUCUUCGAUCAACUGAAUAAUCUCGGUUCCCCAAUUACUGAUGAAUAG